AUGGAAGGCGUUAAACUCGUCUCAAACAAUGCGAUCAAUAAAAAAUUCGCAGUAUUAGAUGGGAUUGAUUUUAGUGAUUCAUUUGGGGAUGAUGAACAAAGUGAAGUUGAUGAAUUUGGAAGUUUAGAUGAUACCGAUUUACCUAUAGUAGCGGCGAAACCAGCAAGCAGUAAAACAAAUACAUCAGGUACAGAAACUCCAAAAAUAACGAGUGAACUACCUAAAUAUGAAUUAUUUACAGAUUCAUUUGAAUUUAGUGACUCCAUUAAGUCAAAACUUGAUAGUGAUAAAUCAAACAACAAUGAAAAUAAAGAUCGAAUAAUUACAAAACAAAAUAUACAAAAUUAUGGCAGUCAAACGCGUCCAAUAUUGAUAGAAGAUCUACAAGAUUCCUUUGAAUUUUCUGACGCAUCAAAUUCAAAUAAUAAUAAGUAUAAUAAUCAAGUGAAAGAACCAUCACCAGAAUUAUUUGAUGAUAAGUCCGCUAGUGAACUGGAAAUUACUCAUGUAUCGCAACACCCAGAAGUUAAAUUAGAUUCAUUUGAUUUUGGAAGUGAUGAUGAAUUACCAGUGAUAAAAUAUGAAAAAUCAAAUACGCCACCACAGAAAAGACCAUCAUCAUCUCAAAAAUCUUCAUCAGUAAUAAAACGUCAUCAUUCACCACCAAGAAACUCAAGAAUUUCAUCAUCAGAUAUAAUAAGAAUAGGUAUGAGUUCUCCACGCAAUGAAUCAUCGGAAGAAAUAAUAGCUCCUUCAAGAAAGAACAAAGUUCCCAUUCAGUCUUCACCUUUAUCACCAUCUUAUAGACCUUCAUCUGGUAGUUCCGUUCUUCAUACAUCUAAUAGAAAUUCACCAACUAAACCAUCAAAAUUUGUCAAUACUUUCAAUAUACCCGCAACCACCACAACCACUAGAACAUUAUCAACAACCACCACAACAGCCACAACAACAACAAGAACGAUUAAACCACCGCUGAAUCAUACUUUAUUAUUGGCAACUCAAAGACCAUCAAUUGAAUCAUCAAAACCUGCAACAGGUGAAACAACUACAAAAAUAGUACAACCAAUAAUAUUAUCAAGAGAACAAGAAGCAGUGCUACAACAAGUAUUGAGAGGAGUUUCAUUAUUUUAUACUGGUUCUGCAGGUACAGGUAAGUCGGUUCUUCUACGAUCAAUUAUCAAGGCAUUAAGAGAAAAACAUGGUACUGGAGUAGCAGUUACAGCUUCAACUGGCUUGGCAGCCUGUAACAUUGGUGGAACAACAUUACAUAGUUUUGGAGGUAUAGGAUUGGGUAAUAUAGCAGUUGAUAAAUUGAUUAAAAAAAUAAGAAGAAAUAAGAAAUCAUUUAGAAGAUGGUUGGAAACAAAAGUUUUAGUUAUUGAUGAAAUAUCAAUGGUUGACGGGGAAUUAUUAGAUAAACUAAGUCAUAUUGCUCAAACUUUAAGAAACAAUAAACAACCUUUCGGUGGUAUACAAUUAGUUGCAUGUGGUGAUUUUUAUCAAUUACCACCAGUUGUUAAAAAACAUAAUGCAGAAGGUGAAUUAAAUGAAAAUAUUGAAGUUAUUUUUUCCUUUGAAUGUGAAGCUUGGAGAAAAACUAUACAACAAACCAUUAUACUAAAAGAAGUAUUUAGACAAAAAGGUGAUCAAACUUUUAUUGAUAUGUUGAAUGAAAUGAGAGAUGGUAGAUUAUCUGAAAGAACUAUUAGAGAAUUCCGUAGGUUAUCAAGACCAUUAAUUUGUCCUGAAGGUAUUGUCCCUGCUGAAUUAUACGCAACAAGAACUGAAGUUGAACUGGCAAAUAAACGUCGUUUAAACGCAAUUAAGGGAGAAGCUACUCAUUAUCGAGCAAUGGAUUCAGGUUCAUUACCAGAACCUCAAAAAAGUUCAUGUUUAUCAAACUUUUUAGCACCAAUGGAUCUUUAUUUAAAAGUAAAUGCUCAAGUUAUGUGUAUCAAAAAUUUUGAUGAAACUUUAGUUAACGGAUCAUUAGGUACAAUUGUUGAUUUUAUGGAUAAAGAUACUUAUAUGAAAGCUUAUGGACCAGAAGAAGCAGAAAAUGUAAUGGAUGAUGAAAUGUUGAAAGAUUUUGUAUUUAAUGAAAAAAUUGAUAAAAUACCAGGUGAAAAAACUGAUGAAAAUUUUGGUUCUAAAAUUAAUACAACCACCACUCAAGCAAUAUCACAAAAGAAUUCAUCACCUGAUGAAAUCAAACUGGCGGAAAGAAAACAAGAAAUUAAUAAUGAUUUGAUGGGAGAUUUUAAAAAUAGAAAAUUCCCAUUAGUUAAAUUUUUAUCACCAGAUGGAGUCAACACAAGAACUGUCUUAGUUGAACCAGAACAAUGGACAGUUGAAGAUGAAGAUGGUAAAGUUUUAGUGUCUAGAGUUCAAUUUCCCCUUAUGUUAGCAUGGUCAUUAUCUAUUCAUAAGUCUCAAGGUCAAACAUUAUCAAGAGUUAAAGUUGAUUUGAAACGUGUUUUUGAAAAUGGUCAAUCUUAUGUCGCCUUGAGUAGAGCUACUUCAAGAGAUGGUUUACAAGUAUUAAAUUUUAUGGAGAAUAAAGUUACCUCUCAUCCUAAAGUUAUGAAAUUCUAUAAAUCUUUAAAUAGUAUAUAG